AUGUCUUCUCACAAGACUUUCAGGAUCAAGCGAUUCCUCGCCAAGAAACAAAAGCAAAAUCGUCCCAUUCCCCAGUGGGUUCAGAUGAAAACUGGUAAUAAAAUCAGGUACAACUCCAAGAGGAGACAUUGGCGACGAACCAAGCUGGGUUUAUAA